AUGGCGGGAGAUAGUGCGAAAAAGAUGCAUGUCGCUAUUGUUGGUGCCGGCAUCGCGGGGCUUGCCCUCGCCGUGGGUCUGCACAAAAAAGGGGUGCCUUUCACGAUCUAUGAGGGAGAAAAAGAAUAUUCCGUCGUGGGUGCCGGAAUAGGAUUCGGACCUAAUGGCGAUUUGGCUAUGGAUAUGAUUGAAGAAGAAUUUCAUUCCAAAUACAACGCCAUCUGCAUAGGCAAUAAGGCUGCGGACGCCCAGAAUGUCUAUUUUGAGGGUUUGCUCCUCCAGGAAGGUCUCGGUUUCAAAGAGUCCUGGUAUGGCCAUUCAUCCUGGGGCCACCCAGACUAUAUCCGCAGAGCGGCACAUCGAAAUGCUGUUCUUCAAAUAUUGACCAGCUUUAUACCGAUCGAAAAAGUCCGGUUCAGCAAGCUCUUGACAAACAUUGAGCAACUUCCAGACAAAGUCAUUUUGAAAUUUGCAGACGGAGGAGUUGCUGAAGCUGAUGCAGUGGUUGGCGCGGAUGGAAUCAAGAGUGUCGUUCGGGAGCACGUUUUAUGGCCAUUGUAUCCCGCUCAGGUUGAGCCAGUUUAUGCAGACUCCUAUUGCUACCGAGGUGUGAUCCCUAUCGCCGAGGCCAAAGAUAUCUUUGGAGAUCUCACCGACGUGGCGAAGAUGUAUAUUGGGGACAAACGCUGCGUUGUCACCUACCUGAUUUCGGGUGGUGAAGAAUUCAAUUUCCUUCUUUGCGUAGCUGAUGAUAAGCCCUGGAAAUUGAAAAAUACCGUUACAGAAAAGGUCACCCAUGAGGGCAUGAUGGCUGAUUUCGAAGGGCUGGGCGCGGACGACCGAUUUCUGCAACUGCUACGCAAAGCGCAGCCAAUCAAGUGGGGAUUUUUUCACCACCGAUAUACUUCGACAUAUCAUCGUGAUCGCGUUGUCCUCGUAGGUGACAGUGCCCAUGCUUCUCUGCCUUUCCAGGCCGCUGGCGCUGGCCAGGGCUUGGAAGAUGCCUUGGUACUCUCAAACGUGAUAGCCGAGAUUUUCAAAACUCCUGAAAAAGGUGCACCCUUGGGCGCAUAUAUUCGCGCAGGGUUUGCUGCCCAUGACUCCGUCCGACGACCACGAGCGCAGAAACAGCUUGAGCGAGCUUAUGAGAUGAGCCUCAUGAUUCACUUCAAUCACCCAGAAACUGGCUCGGAUAUGACAAAGAUCUUAUCCAAGUUACAGCAAGGGUGGUUCGACUGGAUUUGGUUCCAUGAUCUAGACGCAGACGUUCAGUCUGCAUUAGGGAAAAUGAGGUCAACCCAGAAGGCUUGCUUUCAACCUUUUGAUAACAAGAAAGCAUCGGUCAGGGUCUAUUAG